GUAUAUAUUACGUGUAAAAAAUUCAUAUCAUGGCUCUAUUUGUAAUUGUUGAUAUGUUUGCAAAUUCAUAUAAAAUUCAAACUAAAUUUUAUAAGAAUUUGUUCAAAUUCGCAGUUAGUAAGCACUCUCAAUUUGUUCGGGCAUUGGCUUUUUCGACUGUGAAAGUGUUUGAUCCUACGGUACAAAAACGUAUAAAUAUAAAUAAAAAAAUGGAAAAAUUACAAUACCCUGAGGCAUAUCGCGAUGAAAGUAUUAUCGAUAAUUAUCAUGGUAUUGAGGUUCAAGAUCCAUAUAGAUGGUUAGAAGAUCCUGAUUCUGAAAAAACUAAAGCAUUUGUUGAUGCUCAAAAUUCUAUCACUACACCAUAUUUAACUUCAUGCAAGGCACGUCAAGAUAUUCAUGAUCGAUUAAAACAAUUAUGGGAUUUUCCAAAAUAUUCAUGUCCUGCUAGAUAUGGAAAUAAAUAUUAUUUCUAUAAAAAUACUGGCUUACAAAACCAAAGUGUUCUUUAUGUACAAGAUACAUUGGAUAGUGAACCUAGAGUAUUUUUAGAUCCAAAUACUUUAUCAGAAGAUGGAACCAUUGCAAUUACUAUCAGUAAAUUUAGUGAAGAUGGUAGCAUAUAUGCGUUUGGUUUAUCUGCUAGUGGAUCUGACUGGUGUACCAUUCAUUUUAUGAAUACAGAAACUGGUGAAAAAUAUCCAGAAAUUUUAGAAAAAGUUAAAUUUUCUCCAAUAACAUGGACACAUGACAAUUGUGGAAUCUUUUAUGGUUGUUAUCCAGACCAAAAAGGUAAAACUGAUGGUUCAGAAACAGAAGGUAAUCGAGAUCAAAAACUGUGUUACCAUAUUAUUGGUACACCUCAGUCAGAAGAUAUUAUAGUAGUUGAAUUUCCUGAAGAACCUUUAUGGAGGAUAGGUGCACAAGUUUCUGAUUGUGGAAAAUGGUUAAUUGUCACACCUGUAAAAGAUUGUAGAGAUAAUUUAGUUUAUUUUACGGAAUUAAAGCCAGAGAUGAAAAUAAGGGAAAAAUUACACUUAACUCAAGUAGUUGAUAAACUUGAAGCUGAUUAUGAAUAUGUAACAAAUGAUGAUACAAAGGCAAUAUUUCGGACUAACAAAAACGCGCCAAAUUAUAAAUUAAUAGCUAUAGAUUUAUUGGACUAUAAACAAGAAAAGUGGGUUGAUCUUUUACCAGAACAUCCUGAUAAUGUAUUAGAUUGGGCAUGUGCAGUUGAUGGUGAUAAAUUUGUAGCUUGUUAUAUUGAACAUGUUAAGAACAUUUUACAAUUACAUAGCUUAAAAAGCGGCGAUAUACUUAGAACAUUUCCUCUUGAUGUUGGUACAAUAGUUAAUUUUGCAGGACAAAAAAAAUAUUCUGAAAUAUUUUAUCAAUUUAAAUCAUUUUUAAUUCCUGGUAUUAUAUAUAAAGUUGAUUUGAAAAAUGAAGAAGAACCACAAGUAUUAAGAGAGAUUAAAGUAAAAAACUUUGAUCCCAGUUUGUAUAAAACUAGUCAGAUAUUCUAUACAAGUAAAGAUGGUACAAAAAUUCCAAUGUUUAUAGUAAUGAAACAUGAUGCAGUUUUGGAUGGUUCCAUGCCGGCUUUAUUAUAUGGUUAUGGAGGCUUUAAUGUGAGCAUUCAACCGACAUUUAGCGUUACAAAGCUGGUUUUUGUUCAGCAUUUAAAUGGAGUACUUGCUGUGGCAAAUAUUCGUGGUGGCGGAGAAUAUGGAGAAAAAUGGCAUAAUGGUGGACGAUUCUUUAAUAAACAGAAUGUAUUUGAUGAUUUUCAAACUGCUGCUGAAUAUUUAAUUGAAAACGGUUAUACUACUUCUUCAAAAUUAAGUAUUUUAGGUGCCAGUAAUGGUGGUUUAUUAAUUGCUGCAUGCAUAAAUCAAAGACCUGAUCUUUUUGGUGCUGCAAUUGCUCAAGUUGGAGUAAUGGAUAUGUUACGUUUCCAUAAAUUUACUAUUGGUGUUGCUUGGGUAUCUGAUUAUGGUAGUUCAGAUGACUCGAAACAUUUUGAAAAUCUUAUAAAAUAUUCCCCAUUACAUAAUGUAAGAGUUCCAGAAAAUGGACAAUAUCCUGCAACAUUAUUGUUGACUGCCGAUCACGAUGAUCGGGUAGUACCAUUACAUAGUCUAAAACUUAUCGCUACUCUACAGUAUACAUUAGGAAAAUUACCGCAACAAAUGAAUCCCUUAUUAAUUAAAAUAGAGACUAAAGCUGGACAUGGUGGUGGAAAACCAACCAUGAAAGUGAUUGAAGAAAGUACAGAUAUUUUAGCAUUUAUUGUGAAAUCAUUGGAUUUAGAAUUCAAAUUAUAACAUAUAUUAAGAAUAUUAACAUUCUUACAUUUGAUACUAUGCAUAAGUCUUUUAAUAUAAUUCAUAAACUUUUUUUUUUGUAUUUUGUCCUGCUUCAAUCAUUAUCUUUAAUUUAUGUUGAAUAUACACGCAUAAUAUCAUUAACAUGUCAAAUAGAGAAAAAACGGAAAAAACUAUUUUAUUUUUAAUAUUAAAAAGCAGGAUUAUUUUUAAUAUUUAUAAUUGGAAAACUAUUUUCACAUUAUUAUUAUAUAUAUUAUGAAAUACAGAAGAAUGUUUUUUAGUAAAUUAUUUUAUAAAAAAAAUUUUUAUUCUAUGAAAUAAAAAAUUUAUGUAAUUUACUAUAAUCUAUUUUUCAAGAUAUAUAAAAAAUUUAAACUAUGUUUUUCAAUUUAUUCUAUUGUCUUUUAAAAUUCAAUAAUUAUGUGAAUAUCUAAUUAUGUAGAUUUUUUUAUUAAAUAUUAAAUAAUUAAAUAACAAAAAUAAAUAAUUUUUUAUUAUUAACAUUUUAUUAUUAAUAUUAAAAAAAUUUAAAAGGAAAAUAUUUUGAAAUACCACAGUACAUUUUUCUUUGCAAUAUUUUAUUACAAUAUAUUAUUACAAUAUAUUAUUUAUGUAUAAAGUUUAUAACAGAAACUAUAUAUAAAAUUUAACAAUAUGUAUAUUUUUGCUUUUAAUAUCACAAUUAAUAUGAAAUUUUUAAAUGUGAUGUUAUUUUUAUUUUUUAAAAAUUAAUAAUUUAUUAAUAAAAUUUCGAUAUUUUUAAAACAUUUAGGAACUUUAGGAUUACAAAAUUUUCUUUUUUACAAUUUUGUUUUCGUAGAUUUAUGUUUCAUAAAAUUACAUUUCAAAUGAUAUAAAGUUUUUAUAAUUUGAAGCAAAAUUUGCAUACAAUAUAAAUGAAUGAAACUAAAUUUUUUUAUUUUAAUUUGAAUAUUCAUUUAAUAAUAAAAACUUAUAAUAUUAAAAAUAAAUAUAAUAUAUUUUAUUUCUACAUAUUUUAUAAUAUUCAUGUGUAAAAAAUUAUAUCUAUAUUAUAAAUAUCAAUGUCCCAAAGGUAAUUAUUGAACAAUUUUUAAUAUAAAAGCGAUGUGAAAAUUUGAUAUUUCUUAAUACUAAAAAAUCACAUAUGUGCAAUACCCUGAACACGAUUAAUUGAAGACUGGAUGUAAUAAAAGCUAUAUAUAUAAAAAAACUUUUUCAUUAGAUAUUACUUAUUGAUAAAAUAUAUAAAAAUUAAUUUUUCUACAUAUACUAAAUUCUGAUAUCUUUUAUAUAAUAAUAUUUUAAUAAAUAAAAAUAUUAUUUAUUAACGUAAAAGAAAGUUUUAUAUCAUAAAAGAUGAGUCAGUUUCAUCAUAAUAUAACAUAUUUUACUUAUACCCUUUUCCAUGCCCAAUCUUCAAUUAUGGCACGUGAUAAUUUUUAUACAAUACUCGAAUGUAAACGAAAUAUUUGAUAUUGAUAUUUGUGAAUGUAUUUGAUAUUUAGUUUAUAAGUUCGUCACAAUAAUUGAUGGUCUAAAUUAGUAGUGAAUAGGGCGGUAAAAAACUGUGAAAAUAAUUUACCCAUAUAUUGUUCUUCUUUUACUGGCCACAUACCCUCCAUGAAACCAAUAUGCCCGCCACGAGAUGUUACAACAACAGCUAUUUUUUUAGUUUGUGAUAUUUCCUUCAAUGGUAUGGCUAAACAACAUUGAUAAGAAUUAUCAAUAUGUAUUAAUAAAAUUAUCUCAAAUAAUCACAAAUAA